AUGUCUUCGGAAGCGUUUAUUCCUGACUACGAAGAGGAGAUGGAGUGUGAUCAUUUAAACAUCGUCAACCUAGCACAGAAAGUGCAAGAUAGAUACACGUCUAUGCAUAGUUCUGGAUUUCGAGAUUUUCUUUUGAGACCAGAACUCUUGCGAGCCAUCAAAGACCGAGGUUAUGAACACCCCUCUCAAGUGCAACAUGAGUGUAUACCACAGGCCAUUCUAUCAAUGGACGUUCUGUGUCAGGCAAAGUCAGGAAUGGGAAAAACAGCAGUUUUUGUGCUCUCUACGCUCCAACAAAUCAAAGAGUCGUGCGACAAGGUUUUGGUACUAGCCAUUGCACACACAAGGGAACUUGCCUACCAGAUUGCCGAUGAAUACCAAGCCUUUUCAAAGUUUAUGCCAGAGAUAAAAGUUGCUGUUUUUUUCGGUGGUCUGUCCAUUAAGAAAGACGAAGAGGUCCUUGCCAGAAACCAGCCGACCGUUGUGGUGGGAACCCCCGGUCGUCUGCUUGCUCUGGUGCAGAAACAGAAACUAAAUCUUGACAGCCUCCGUUAUUUCAUUGUGGACGAGUGUGACCAAGUCUUAAAGGAAAAUGGGAUGAGGAAAGACGUACAGGCUAUCUUCGUGAAAUCACCUUGUGAUAAACAAGUAAUGAUGUUCAGUGCUACACUCAACAAAGACCUCAGAACUGUGUGCAGGCGAUUUAUGAAUGAUCCUAUUGAAGUAACCAUUGACGACGAAUCUAACCUCACACUCCAUGGACUACAACAAUAUUAUCUUACAAUGGAAGAACAUGAGAAGACAAGGAAACUUUGUGAUCUGUUAGACCUGCUUGAAUUCAACCAGGUAAUCAUAUUUGUGAGUACUGUCAGUAGAUGUCGAGCGUUAGCCGAGGUUCUACUGGCUCAGAAUUUCCCUGUCCUGACAAUCCACAGAGCUAUGGAACAAACUGAAAGACUGGCACGGUAUCAACAGUUCAAAGAUUUCCAGAAGAGAAUACUGGUGGCUACAAACUUGUUUGGCCGUGGAAUGGACAUUGAACGAGUUAAUAUUGUCAUCAAUUACGACACACCCGAAGAUUCGGACUCGUAUCUCCACAGGGUGGGUAGAGCCGGUCGAUUUGGAACAAAAGGACUGGCCAUCACAUUUGUUUCUGCUCAGUCAGACGCUACAGUUAUGAAUUCGGUACAAAACCGGUUUUCUGUAGGAAUAGAAAAGAUGCCAGUGGAGACUGACAUUUCUUCAUACUUGAACGAAACUGCAUGAAAUACGAUGGAGUGUCGGUGAAAAGUUUCUCUAGUGUGUAUUGAAGAAGACUGCAAAAGUUGUGAAAAUACCAAAUGUGACACAAAACAUUGUAAAUACAAUAUAUGUAUAUGAUAUAUUAAAACGUGUUCUUGUAAACAGAUUAUUGUUAAUUGAGGUAUACUAUUAAUGUAGUAAUCAAUGCUAUUUGUAGAAUAAUUGUACUUUCAGUGGAUAGGAACAACAUGAUUUUUUGUAAAUAAAUCUAUCACUACA